AUGCCUGGUUUGGGCAAGAUGGGAGAGACUGAUUUGACUCCCUCUCAAAUCCAAUUGGGGUGGUCUGCCCCUUCUUCUCGAACACAUACUCCUGCCCCUGCAGCUGUGCCGCCACAUGUAUAUUCCCCCAUGUCUUUUGAACAUAUGUCUGAUUGUGAAUUAUUAAAUAUGGUCGCCCAAAAUAUGAUUGUUCUAAAAAAAGAGUUCUUGCAAUUACAAGGCGCUUAUGAAGCGCAACAUGAUCAAAUAGCGUUACUAAGGGCUGAACUCAAAGAACAUCAAGACCAAUCACGUAAUCAACAUAUCUUCUACUCAACCCAAAUCCAAGGAGCCGCUACUUCUAUUCAGGCUGUGCAAGAUCAGCUUAUCCAUCUAUCUCCCUCUCAAUCUACAGGCCCUCCUCCCCCACCUCCACCUGCUGGCACUAGUACAGCCACAAACAUCCCUCCUGUCCCCGCAACAUCUUCCUCCAAUCUAAAAUUUGCUAAACCAAACAAAUUUGGUGGCAAGAAGGAAGACGCCCUAAAUUUCAUUAUUGCCUGUCAGGCUUAUAUAAGAGCAAAAGGGGCCAACCAAUCCCACGAAGAAAAAAUUUUAUGGGUUACAUCAUACUUUGAGGGAGCGGCUGAAGACUGGGUUUGCCCAUAUAAAGAAAGGAAGGUAUUUAGGGGUGAAACGGUCCCCUUAUUAGAAGAUAUCAAUGUAUUUUGGGCCGAAUUCACCAAACAUUAUGUGGACACCAAUUGUGAUGAAAAAUAUCGCCAAAAAUGGAACAAUUUGCAACAGAAGGCUUCAGUGCAGGAAUACACUUGA